AUGCCGCCACAUCUCCAUCCUCGGUCGCGGUCAACCACCGGCCUAUUCGCCGGCACCCUCCUCGCAUCUCUCCUGGUUGUUGGCAUGCCGCACGUCUUCCCCUGCCCGGCCCCACGACGCACCUUUGCCGAUUCGGAGAUGACCAUGACAGCCGAUGGACAACAAGUACCACACUUCCGACGCAGACGGCGUAAGGAUCUUGAAGUGGGCCCAGAGGGCACUCAGCUGGGUCAGCCCACACCAGUUGUGGUGGACGAGGAGGUCUCGACAUUCCUUCAAAUGGAGGCGGAAGCAGAGAAACUCUCACACAUCAAUCGGGAAUGCCCCGUUCCCAAACCCAAGGGUGUUUUAGGGGAAUUAUUGGGCUUCCGCGAUGUCCACGCGAAUGCCCAGCAGCAAACCGCCCUGUCCGAAGGAGACCAAUAA